AUGUUGCCACUUCCACCUCUCUCCCCGGCUGAAACGCGGGUUGAAUAUGAACCCAAAGGACUUUCUUGUACUCGCAGGCUUAUUUUACUGGUUAUGUUCUGUCUUGCUCAGUUUUUGGAUUCCUUCAAUAACUCAGCUCUCUUCUCUGCGAUCCCUGCAAUUGAAGUGUCCAUGGGUAUGGCUGAAAGUCAAUCCACUUGGAUCAUCAGCGCAUUCCAGUUGACUUUCGCAUCCUUCCUACUUAUCAGUGGCCGUAUUAGUGACGUAUACAAUCCAAAAACUGCGUUCAUUGGAGGAGUAUUUGGACUUGCUGUCAUCUCGCUGUGCGCAGGAUUCGUUGAUACCACCAUUCCGAUCAUCGUUCUCAGAGCAUUGACUGGAAUAGCUUCUUCAAUGACAAUCCCCUCCGCCUUAACACUCUUGGUCAAAGUAUUUCCCGAUCCGCUUGAACAAGCCCGGGCAAUAGGCGUAUUUGGAGGCUGCGGUUCCGUUGCUAACGUUCUCGGUCUUCUGAUUGGUGCAAUGUUCGUUGAAUGGGCGUCUUACCAUUGGGUAUUCUGGUUUGUGACCUUUGUGGCUGUGCCGGUAGCUCUGGGAUGUGUCUUCAUCAUACCGCCACAAAUUGCAGAGACUAUAGACACCCUUGAGCCUACAGAAGCGAAAUGGAAAUCUCUUGAUUUAGUCGGUGUAAGCAUUUUAACCGUUGCCUUGAUCUUAUUCAUCUUCGCUGUGACAUCCGGCUCCACAGAUGGUUGGGCAUCCGCAAUAGUGUUGGUCCCACUCAUUAUCUCGCUUUCAAUGGUGGUUGGGUUUUUCUACUGGGAAACACUUAUGCCGGUGGAAAAAGCUGCAAUACCACCCCGGACAUGGUUUUACCACAAUUUCUCCAUUCUUUUCGCCGUCGCACUCUUGCCAUUCUUUUGGUGGAGCACAGUGUUCACGAUUUUUACUACCCUAUGGCAAAAUGUGUUUCACUGGUCGGUGAUAUCAUCGGCUGUACACAUGUUCCCGAUCGGUAUCAUAGCCCUCACUAUGAGUUUCACCGGAUCACUUUCUCGCAUUUUCAGUCCGAAAUGGAUCAUUCUCACUGGUCUGUCCUUGUGCAUGGUUGCGACGGUAUUGCUGGCACUCGGUGGAGGGAACCCCCAGGAUUAUUGGCCAUAUAUCUUCCCAGCUUUUACUCUAGGAAGCGGAGGGGCUAUGCUGGCCUAUACACAUACGAACAUUGCUAUUUUUCAAGCUGCACCUUCAUCCAUGGCCGGCACAGUUGGUGCCAUCUUUAAUGGCGCGCUUCAAUUUGGAUCAGCUAUUGGCCUCGCUGCUGUCAGCUCAAUAGAGACAUCCGUGGAAGCCACCCAUGGAGGUUCACUUGAGUACAGCGGUCGAUCCGCGGCCUUUUGGUUCCUCGUUGGACUUGUCGCUCUUGAAAUCAUUUCAGUAUCAAUCUUCUACGACCGCAGUACGGAUCACACGGCCCAACCAAAACGCAGCGACCCCGUACAUCCUGCUCAACACAGCACACACUUUGACGAAAAGCUGAACGAUGUAGAGGUGAAAAAUAUGGUAUAG